CAUGAGAGGAAUAGAGAAAAACCAAGUAAAUUAAAAAAGAGACUGAAAGAGAGGAGGUGAUGACAUUUGGUAUUUCCAUACAUCGCGUUUUAAAUAUAAGAGAUAAGAUAUUAACACAAUUAUAAGGUGUGAGAAAGAGAAAAAGAAGAUAGAAAGACAAUUAAGCGGGCUAAAACGAAUAUAAAGGAGUUUGCCAAAGAAGCCGGAAUUGUAUAUUAAAAGGAGGUAAGGAGGUCACAAAUACCUCAAGCUAUCGGAUUUCAAAUUAGAUGUAAAAAUUAGAUGUAAAGUUGGAGAUUUUUUUUUAAAAAUAUUUAAACUUAGUCAAUGAUUAAAAAUCCGAUGGACAAAAAUAACUGGAACUCUUUUUAUAAAAAAUAAAUGGUUUUUUCCUCUCAAUCCAUAAUUUUAUUUUAAAAAUUAAACGUUGCCAUUUAUUUCAUUUUUUUUUUACAGGGCCUUUUGCUUCUAAAACAUACUUUAAGCGCACGUUCAUUUGGCUAGUGAUGUAAAAGCGCAUCAGAGGAGAGAGAGAGAGGCCUAUACGAGUUAUUUAUAUCUGUGUUUCCCUGAUAAUUUUCUCUCUACCUUCUCUUUCUUUUGCUAACCCAACUGACCACACCAUGUUCAGAAGAAGACUCUUUCUCACUCCUCCAUCAUCUCAACCAUGUUAUUACCAGCAAAGGUUCUCUCUUGUAAACAUAAAACUGAAAUGGGUAAAGGACCCAGUUCUUGACACAGUGGUCGCCAUGGAGAAGGACCUCAAAGCUGUGUGCGAGCUCAAGGACAUGAUUUGCAGGCAAGCGGAUGGCUGCUUGCCCGUCUACCAACUCUCGAAGAGGCGUAGGCAAAUGGAUAUCGAAAUUAGGGUUUCGAGGUUCAUGAGAAGGUACCCCACCAUCUUCCAUGAAUUCAUUCGCCAUCAAAAUGGGUGCCCACUGCACUGGUUCAAGCUAACCCAAGAGGCUCGGAGCCUCCAUGAGGAGGAACAGAGAUGGCAAGAGGUUACCGAGGAAGGUACAGUACAGAGGCUCUGCAAAUUGCUCAUGCUCACAAAGCAAAGGACUCUCCCUCUACAAACCAUUGAUCAGCUGAGAUGGGACAUGGGUUUGGUCCAAGACUAUGACCGCGGCUUAAUACCAAGGUACCCCCAACUCUUCGAAUUUGUUAAGCUUGAAGACGAUCGAAUUGGGCUCCAGCUUUCACAUUGGGAUUGCAGGCUCGCAGUCUCACAGAUGGAGAGGAAUUGUGGGGUGAGGUGUUCCGAAGGGGAUAAGAGGGCUCUGGCUUUCCCUAUAAAAUUUACUCGGGGUUUCGGUCUCAGGAAGAAAUGCAUGGAUUGGUUGGGAGAGUGGCAGAGGCUUCCCUACACUUCACCUUAUGCCGAUGCGUCGCAUCUCGAUCCGAGAACAGAUGAGUCUGAGAAGAGAAUUGUUGGUGUAUUUCAUGAACUUCUUUACCUCACAAUCGAGAGGAAGACAGAGAGGAAGAAUUUGAGCAAUCUGAGAAAGCCAUUGGGGCUCCCUCAAAAAUUCACCAAGGUUUUUGAGAGGCACCCGGGCAUAUUUUAUAUUUCUCAGAAGCGUGACACACACACUGUAAUUCUCAGAGAAGCCUUUGAUGCCCACCAAUUAGUUGAGAAGCACCCACUUGUUGAUAUUAGAGAGAAGUACAUAGAAAUGAUGAAGACUGGGUUUUUGAAUAGGAGCAGAGGGUUGUAUAAGAAGGAGCCGAGAGAUGGAGAUUGGUAUGAUCAGGGGUUAGUGGAAAUGGAGGCUAAUCAGGAAGAAACCAUGGAUGCCUUUUCGGAAUGAUUUGUUAUAAUCGGUUUUUAUGCUAUGUUA